CAGUUUUUCGGGUACUUGUUAUCCUGGGGAUAACUGACUGAACCCAGAUGACAGUCAAACAAGGCACAAGCCAGGGAAGUGUGCACUGUGGGAAACACUUGAAGCCUCCUCCAAGCGUGUCCCAGCCUGCCUACCCUGCCCUGAGAUGUUCUUCUCUAAAAGCAAACAUCUGAGCUUCCUCUUCCAAGCUUCAGAGGAAUCAAUGAAGCUUAUAGGGAAAUUCCAACCCUGAAGUAAAAGCAAAGACCUCUUGAGCCAACUAGAGUCUCUGGACAGCUGAAAUUGCAUGGGAGAAUAUGAGAACAUGCUGAAACAGAUGUUCCUCAAAAGGAUACUGAUGUUUCCAAAUGCCGUCGCUCACAAAUGCAUGCUGAUGCUGGUAUUUAUCGUAGCUGUUGGGGUUAUUUACUUCACUUCAAAAGGCUGCACAAAGUUCUUGUUCAGCUGGAGAAACCCUUUUGCCCGGAAACAAGGGGAAAUCUCUCACUCCGAAGCCCCUCUGAAUCCAGCAACUUCCCUAACCGAGACUGAGCUGAGAACAAAGGAGAUCCUGGAGAAACUCAACCAGCUGAUCCCGCCCAGGCCCUUCACCCACGUGAACACCACCACCAGCGCCACACAUAGCACAGUCUCCAUCCUCAACCCCAGACGCACAUACUGCCGGGGGGACCAGAUAGAUAUCCUACUGGAGGCCAGGGACCACCUGGGACACAGGAAGAAAUAUGGAGGAGACUUCCUGAGGGCCAGGAUGUCCUCCCCAGUCCUGAAGGCAGGCGCCUCAGGAAAGGUGACAGACUUCAACAAUGGCACCUACCUUGUCAGCUUCACUCUGUUCUGGCAGGGCCAUGUCUCCCUGUCGCUCCUGCUCAUCCACCCCAGUGAAGGGGUGUCGGCUCUCUGGAGGGCAAGAAACCAAGGCUAUGACAGGGUGAUCUUCACAGGCCAGUUUGUUAAUGGCACCACCCAGGUCCUCUCUGAAUGUGGCCUGGUCCUAAACACAACGGCUGAAUUGUGUCAGUACUUGGAUGCUCGCGACCAAGAGGCCUUCUACUGCGUGAGGCCUCAGCAUGUUCCCUGUGAGGCCCUGACCCACAUGAAUACCAAGGUCAGAGGCAUUUCCUAUCUUAGCAAUGAAGAAUGGAAACUUUUCCACAGGUCCAAAAUAGGAGUUGAAAUGAUGAAGAACUUCACCUCCAUCAAGGUCUUGCCAUGUAACAAGAGUGAGAACAUAAAAAAGAAAUGUCAGACUGGAAUGAAGACUCCCUUCCCCAGUGGUUACACGUUCAAGAGAAGCUGGAUUUCAGCAUUUUGCAAGCAGAUCAAGUUCAAUACAAUGCAAGAUAUAAAUGACUGCUUGAAAAGGAAACUUAUUUACCUCAUGGGAGAUUCAACACUGCGCCAGUGGAUUAACUAUUUUCUAACAGUUGUGAAAACCUUAAAAAACUUUGAUCAUCAUGGAACCGGGUUAUUUAAAACACAUGUUCUUCUGGAUGUUGAAAGACAAAUUUUGAUUCAGUGGAAAAAACAUAGUCAUCCAUUUAUAACUGAAAAGCUGUACUCUGUGAAAAGUGAAAACUAUAUCCCACGGGAAAUCGACCAGGUAGCAGGAGACAAUAACAUGGUAAUUGUCAUCACCCUUGGCCAACACUUCAGACCCUUUCCCAUAAACAUUUUUAUCCGUAGGGUCAUCAAUAUUCAAAAAGCCAUUAAACGUCUAUUUCUGAGAAGCCCAGAGACCAAGGUGAUACUUAAAACUGAAAACACCAGGGAGAUAAAUGAAAAUACAGAGAUGUUUAGUGACUUUCAUGGCUAUGUUCAGAAUCUUAUCAUGAAGGAUAUUUUUGUGGACCUCAAUGUGGGUAUUAUCGAUGCCUGGGACAUGGCAAUCGCGUAUUCCACUGAUGAGAUCCAUCCACCUGAUUAUGUUAUUGAAAAUCAGAUUGUCAUGUUCUUAAACUACAUUUGCUAGAGGACAAAUCCAGAAAAUCAACACUAGGCAUUCUCUAGCGAUGAUCUCAUACAUACUGCAAGGAUAGUUUAGCACAAUUAAAGGCAUGGGAAAACCAAAUUUAAGACAUUAAAUUGUAGGUAAGUAUGCAUAAUAUUAAAUUUACCCCUUAAACCAUUUUUAAGUAUAUGGUUCAGUGACAUUAAGUACACUCACAAUUUUGUGCAAUCAUCAUCUUGACCCAUCUCCAGAGCAUUUUCAUUAUUCCAAACAGAAAUUCUGUACCUAUACAACAAUGACACCCUGCUCUGCCCCACACCCAGCCCCUGGAAGCUGCCAUCACACUUCCUGCCUCUGUAAAUUUGACUACUCUAGAUGUUUCAUACAGAUGAAAUGAUGAAGUGUUUGUCAUUUUGUGUCUGGCUUAUUUCUCUUAGCACACUAUCUUUAAGGUUUAUACUUAUUAUAGCAUGUAUCAGAAUUUCCUUCUUUUUAAAGAAUAAAUGUUUUUCUCUCCUA